CGCUCUUACCAGUAGUUGGCAACGCUGCUGUGGGCAACCUGGGAUUGUUAGAUCCAGGACGAACUCCUGGUGGCCAAAACUUUAUAACUUUGACCUUGUAAGAUUUGAAAUCAAUAACUUGUGAAUUUUUGAAUCCGAGUGACUUGGACAAUAGUGUCCAGUGAUUCGACAUGUCAUAUAACAGAACAAAGUACGAACUGACUUUUGAGAUCAGUGACACCAGUGAAACCAACAAGAACAGUCGCAGAAAUAUGGCAUGCCCCGGGGGUUGGUAUACCAACCCGGCUAACGGCUGUCCGAGAGCCAACCAACCGCCAGUGGUGCUCGCAGGGUCGUCUUAUAGCAGUGGUUAUACAGGCCAGCGAUGGGUCCAGAAUGGCGUGACUUUUGGCAUGGCAGGCUACAACGUCAUCGCAAAUCAGGCGAACACUGGGCCUGCUGGAGUUUUCUGGUCUUGCGAUGAGUGGCCACCAGCUACAACUACGCAAGGAGGCGCUGGAGCACACACCUAUUGUGCCCCGCAGAACUAUAAAUGCAGUUCUACUAUGAGAGCCCUGGGUGCAGGAGUCAAUUCCGAGCAGGAUAUUCAAGGCAUGUCUCAUAACAUUUUGAGAAACGUUCUGAAGACGCUUAGCCCGGGACAAACCCUGAUUAAUUUCAAGUUCCAAACAACCUGGAAUGACGAAGACGACGUCCCAGGUGCCUACGUAGAGUGGUCAGAUGGCAAUGGAGCGUAUGUUAACAACAUCUUCGGUCGUGCUGAUGAGUCACCUCUGAUGAAAUACGCAUUGGUUUUCAACAACGGGAGUGUCAUGAGCUACGCGAGACCCAUGACGGCUGAUGAGAUACAGUAUAACUACUAUACAAAUACUAGUGGUUUCCAAGAUCUAGUGUACAGAGAUGAGCUCAACCUACACACUCAAGUUGGCGAAAAUGCAUCUAGUACGACUACCAACAUUACUACGGUCUCACCCGUCCGACAACAAUUUGAAACAUUGUCAGAAAGCCCUCCGCUCCCUAUUAUUGAUAUUGCACGCAUCUAUAUUCAAAAACUCGCCAAGGUCCAUGUGGUGCCUUACCUCAACCAAGUGUUGAGUUUUCUACCAAGUUCAGCUGUUCCAACUUCAACGCGGUCGGCGACGGCAGCAAGUAGUCCAAGUUCCAGACCACGCGAGAGGAAAUCAAGAAUUCUGGACUAUACCCCGAAUGAUGCUGUUUUCGCACGACAGAAUACCAAUCAGUGUAGUGCAACUAGUCCUUGUCCUGAUGGAUCAUGCUGUAACAACCAAGGCGGUUGUGGUUAUGGACCCGAGAACUGCGGAAAAGGAAAUUGCACCAGUAAUUGUAAUGCGACAGCCAUGUGCGGUCGUGAUAGUCUGAAUGGGGAUGUGUCUUGUCCCCUGAACGUGUGUUGCAGCUACUACGGUUAUUGUGGUACUGGUUCCCAAUUCUGCUCGUCACCAGAGCCGUAUGCUCCCUGCCAAGCAGGUUUCGGCUCGUGCAGUGAAGUCAGUGCGCCCAGCUGCGGCGGAAGCUCGGCCCUGGGUCGGUCAAUGGCAUACUAUCAGGUUUCGAACUCUUACUCUCGGCAGUGCGAGCGAAUCACUCCGUCCCAGAUCAACACGACAGGCCCCACGCACUUGAUUCUUGCGUUUGUCAGCAUUGACCCGACCACUUUUGAGAUCGUCCCUGUCGACAGUCGCGACGUACCCCUGUACACUGACUUCACAGCACUCAAGACCGCUAACCUCCAGACCUGGGUAUCCGUUGGCGGUUGGGACUUUAACGAUCCGGGACCAACGCAAACAACGUUUAGUGACAUCGUAUCAUCGGCAGCUAACCGUGCCACUUUCAUCGCUUCUGUCAAGUCCUUCAUGCAGAAGUAUGGGUUCCAAGGUAUCGACAUCGAUUGGGAAUACCCCGGUGCCCCGGAUCGAGCUGGCAGACCUGAGGAUACGGAAAACUUCGUUACCUUACUACAAGAGAUGAGGUCCGCUUAUGGUACUUCGUUUGGUAUCAGUGCCACAAUUCCUGCUAGUUACUGGUACUUGAGGUGGUUUGAUCCCAUCAAAAUGCAGCCUUAUGUCGACUACUUUAACCUGUUAUCCUAUGAUCUUCACGGUCCAUGGGACAAAACCGUUGACGAUAUUGGGCCUAUUAUUAUAGGUCAGACGAAUAUCCCCGAGCUUUACAACUGGACUCUGCCUUUAUGGUACGACGGCGUAGACCCAAGUAAGAUCAACAUGGGCCUUGCCUACUAUGGCCGAGGCUACACCGUGGCGAACGUCAACUGCGACAAGGUCGGUUGCACGUGGAGCGGAACGAGUCGUCCGGCGGCUUGCACGGACUUCGGCGGCGUCAUGUCACUCCAGGAGAUCCAAGCUAUUGUCAUACCGGAGAUCGGAGUUCAACCAAUUCUCGACUCGCAGGCCAUGAUGAAAUACCUCGUGUGGGGCGAUCAGUGGGUUGGCUACGACGAUCUCGAGACCAUUGCCAUGAAAAAAGCCUGGGCUAGCAGUCACUGCUUCGGUGGCACAGUGAUUUGGAGUAUUGAUCUGUUCUCCGGCGCGGGAAGCGGCAAUACCCCGGAUGGUCUCGGAAAUGCGACUACAGGCGAUCCGGGAGGCAGUGGCGGCAACAGUGGUGGUCAGGGUGAGGGAAGCGAUUCGAUCGUGUAUAUCGACCCUUCGAUUUGGAAGGAUCCCGAACCUAUCAUCAACUGCGAGCCUCCUUGCACCUUUAUUCUCCCUCCUCUACCGCUUGCUACGCCCUCGACCGUUACAUUCCCUCCGUACAUAACAUCAUUGGAGGUUGCGUGGUCUACGUCAGGAAGCUGGACACGCAUCACCGAGACAACAACGCUCAAUAUUCCUCCGCUUGUCGUCAGCUCUAUACCCGUGUGGGAGUACACAGUCACUGGUACGGAUACUGCCACCACCGUCUUGUCAACGUUCUACGUUACGGAGAGUAUCCGGCCUCCUCCGUUUACCAUCACCGAUAACCCCAAUCCGUUGAGUUCAAAGGGGGUGACACAUCCGCCAGUGACAAGAACUAUCACGCCUCCGCCAUACCCUUAUUCCUUUACUCGCCCAACUACCUCUUCGAGCUCGAAAUCCAGCUCGACGACUGCAGCUGCGGCAGUAUUCCCAAUUGUUACAUUCAAACCGGGAAAACCUGGACCCAUCUGCAAGUCAGGUUGUGGAACGCCCUGUCUGAUCUUCUGCCAUGCACCAUGCCUGCUGGACUGUGUGGACGGUGGCAACGACUUCCCUGACCCCAUCGACCCAAACCCACCAAACAGACCGACACCACCGGAAGAGAAUGAUCCAACACCCACUGGGAAGCCAACGACGGCCAAGCCCGAGCCGACGGAUACCAAGGGCGAUGAGCCCGGGGACGAAGAGGAAGAAGAAGAUGAUGAUCAGUGUGCCUUUGAGUUCGGUCUUCCAGCGCCCACCUACGUCGAUCCAAACUUCGGCGCAUCGGGCACACAGACAAUAUCAAAGCCAACGCCCCCGCCAACACCUGUUCCGACCCCCAACCCGACGCCGCCAAGCCCGAACCCAUCCACGGAGAGUCUCCACUGCUACAACAGCGGUGCCGAAACGUCGCGGGCGAGUAUGAUCGACGGCGUCAACGCCUUUUGCGACUACUUCAACGGCCGCAUUCUUGACGGUAGCGACGCCAACGCCGAGCACACGCUUACGUACACGCUGAACAACAUCGACGUCACCGGGGGCACCGUAGCCGAGUGCCUUUUCACCGGCGGCAUUGCCGGCUGCUGGGAGUACCUUACGCUGCAGGUCACGGUGACGAACGGUUGCCGCUUCGCCGUCGACGGGCCUAGCCCCUCGGAUAACUGCGGCCGCAUCUUCCGCGAGGCCAUCGACAAGUGCGAUACCUCUAGUACUCAAUACAAGCAGGGUGGCACGGUUACUUCUAACUGUGCGGUGUGGAAAAUUGAUCCGAACGUUGAUGUAUAAGAAGAGAUAGCAUAGACAUAUAACAUAUAUCCAGAUGUGUGAUCAUACCGGAAGUUCAAGUUUUCAUUCACUGUUUCGAGUGAUAAAGCUGAGUGGAGUGUUUGUUUAUGGAUCAGCCGUCCACGCCGCAGUGUCUAGAUCCGUACCUGACAGGUAAUUAAGUUCCUUUAACAAUCAACCUAAAGCCUUAUUUCGCUUGUACUCAUUUGCACCUAUUAACUGGCUAGAGCUUCUUCGUAAUUAUAUGGUAAUGUAUAUGUUAUGUUAGGG